GCCCCGCCCCCUGCCGCCCCCGAGCCGACGUCCCGCCCGCGCGCUGUUGAGCGUUCUAGGGGAGGCGCCAUUCCCAGGACCUGGAGACGGCCGUGCGAAGUAAAGCAAGAUUUCAUUUCCAAGAUGGAAAGCCCGCCAGACCCGGCUGUAAUUUUCCCCCGCACUCCACAGGCCUGUGCGAAUCCACCAUCUCCCUAUACCAUUAGCUCACGGAAAGCGCCCAUGAGUGCAACGCUUAAAGAAAGAUUAAGGAAAACAAGGUUUUCAUUUAAUUCCCCUUGUAGUGUGGUAAAACGUCUUAAAAUAGAGAAUGAAGAAAAUGAUCACACGUUUUCAGAGAAACCAGCAUCUUCAACAGAGGAAAACUGUGCAGAGUUUCAAGAAAGUUUUAAACACAUAGAGAGUGAAUCUGAAGAACAGACAUGCUUGAAAAGUACUUGCAAGAAUAUCAGUGCGUGUGAAUCUGAGUCGCUUGGUACCGUGUCAUGCGAUGUUCUCCAAAAUGAUUCUGCGCAUGACAAUCUUAAACAAGAAUUAAAGGAAGAAAAAGCAGAUUUGGUGAAGCAGGUGCGGGAGAAGGAAGAUGUCCUUCGGAGGCUAAAACUAGUCAAGAUGUAUAGAUCAAAGAAUGACCUGUCGCAGUUACAGCUGCUGAUACAGAAGUGGAGAAGCUGUAGCCAGCUGCUGCUUCAUGAGCUGCAGUCAGCUCUGUCUGCAGAGAACAAGAAACUAAGCCUUACUGAACUCAUAGACUACUACGGGCUGGACGAUCAACUGCUGCACUACAGCAGAAGCGAGGAAGACUUCAUAGGUGUUUAAUUCAUAAUGUUUAUUCUCUUUCUCCUCUCUUUUCACAUUUUUUUUUUUUUUUUCAGACUAGGGGAUCAGAGCUAGGCCGUCGUGUGCUCUCUAACACUGGGCCAUACUCUGGUUCCUCUCAAGCAGAUCUUUGAGAAUGGCCACUUAGUGAAAAGAUACUUAGACAUGUUAAAGGGAAGAUGCUGGCCAUUACAGCAGCGGUGGCGAGCCUGUGGCAUGUGUGCCACAGCUGGCUGCUUAUAUCAUUUGCCAUCAGUGCAAAAAGGUUCGCCAGCAGUGCACCAGGGUUCAGAGUAACAUGUCUCAACCAUCAAUUUAGGGCCCUCUAAGACAUGAAUUAAGUCCUAAAAUGAAAUUCAGCAUUUUGAGUAGAUUUACCAACGAAAACACAACAUUAAAGAGAAGUUGAAAGGUGGAUUUAGUGGCAUUUGCCUUUAUGUAACCUGGAAGUGUGGGAGCCAACACAGAAAGGUGAACAGUUUGGGCCCUGCCUGGGCAAGUUGGCAAGACCCUGUCCCCCACCUCCAAAAAAGAAUUUAGGAAUAUAGUAAAGACCCUGGGGUCAAUCUCCAUAAAUGAA